AUGGGUGCUACCUUACAUCAACCAAAUUUUAGUGAUGCUUAUUUUCAUUGUACGAAAAAACGAACCUAUCCUUUAGAAGAAGAAAAAAUAACAGAUCAUAUUUUCUUUAAGAGAAUCAAAACUUUUUCGACAUCAUUUUCGUUGCCUAAACUAUCAUCAUCAUAUUCUCCAAAUGUUAGUUGCUUGAAUGAUAAAAAAAACAAUUCAUCUAAUUUUAGAAAUCAUAAUAUAGAAACAAAUUUUCCUCGUAUAAUUGACCUUUCCACAGGCGAACAACUUGAAUCAAUACCAGAACAAAGAUCAUUGAAACAUUUAUUAGAAUUUGAACCUCAAGAAAAUUUCAAUAAUACUGAUAAUGAUAGUGACAUCAAUUUCAAUAAAAAAUUUCGUGCUUCUGAAAAACCCACGGUUAAUUAUAUAGAAGAAGAGGAAGAUGAACGUUUUAAUUCCACUAUUGAUGUCUUGCAAGAACUUAAACUUGAUCCAACAAUUACUACUAUUGAUUCUACUUCUUCUGAAUUUACUUCUAAAAAUGAUGACCAAACUGUUACUGCGGUAAAUAAAGUUUUCGAACAAACGCAAAAUACGUCGAUUAUUACUAAUGAUCACGCAAAGAAACUUCAGUUUACAGAUAAAUAUCAACGAGCCUUCUCUAGAUAUAUACGAUCACAAUUCGAACUCAUAAAAGAUGAAAGUCACGAAGUGUAUGGAAAAGAGACUAUUUCAUAUUAUCCAAAUCCAUAUCGAAGUCUCGUCAAAAUUCUCAAUAACGAAAAAGAUAACGAUGGGGACGAUGGGAACACAAUUAAGGCUGAAGAAGGAAAAAUUGUUGAAAUUGUUGAAAUUUCUGAUGAGGACACAAUUAAGGCUGAUGAAGGAAAAAUUAUUGAAAUUUCCGAUGGUGACAAUGAUGACGAUGUUGAGAUGUUAGAUGUUGAUAAGGUCAAUGGAGUAGAGAAUAUCAAUACUAACGUAGAAAAUGGGGUGGUUAUGGAAAUGGAUCUUUUGGGUUAUGAACCCUUGAAAAAUGAACCUGAAGAAUAUAUAGAAUAUAUGGAAAUUGAUGAAAUGGAUAUUGAUCUUUAA